ACAAUGUUAAUGUGAAGAACUAGUCAUAAGCAAGUGGAAAAUAGAAUCAAUGAUAAGAUAUAUAUUAAUCAAAAAAUGUUCCAAUGAUUAAAUUUGAUUAUUAAAGAUUGUCACUCUACUACACACUAAAGACAUGUAGAUGUUGGAUACUAUUUACUUCUAUGAGGCUGUGAUCAUGUACAACCGAAAUGGGUUUCAAAAAACUACUCUCCACCAUUCCUCAUCAUCAGAUCCCCCCAAUGGUCAAAAACUCUCUCCAUUGGGCCCACAACUGCACCACCCAACACAACCCACCACCUUUUCAACCCAAAGGACCCUCCAUUUUAGCCACCAAUCUCAUCAAAUCAUACUUUGACAAGGGUCUAAUCAAAGAAGCACGCAUGCUGUUCGACGAAAUGCCUGAGAGAGACGUGGUUGCUUGGACUGCCAUGAUUGCUGGCUACGCCUCUUGCAAUCAUCACGCCCGUUCAUGGGUUGUGUUCUGUGAGAUGAUGAGGAAAAGUAAAGAGAAUCCAAAUGCUUUUACCAUGUCAAGUGCUUUGAAAGCUUGUAAAGGCACGAAUUCACUCUCUUGUGGUGGUUUGGUUCAUGGGUUGGCUAUUAAGCUUGGCAUAGUUGGUUGUAUUUACGUCGAUAAUGUGCUUUUGGACAUGUACGCAGCGUGUUGUGUUACUAUGGAUGAUGCAUACUUGGUUUUUCAAGAAAUUCAUGAAAAAAAUGACGUGUCUUGGACUACCUUGAUUGCGGGUUAUACUCAUCGUGGUGAUGGCUAUACCGGACUUCAAGCUUUUAAGAAAAUGUUAUCGGAGGAAUCUGAAGCAAAUGCAUUUAGCAUUUCAAUUGCAGUUAGAGCUUGCGCAUCCAUUGGCUCUCAUACUUGUGGAAGGCAAAUUCAUGCUUCAGUUGUUAAGCAUGGGUUUGAAUCAAACAUACCCGUUAUGAAUUCUAUUUUAGACAUGUAUUGUAGGUGUAGUUGUUUAUGCGAAGCGAAUCAGUGUUUUCAUGGGAUGACUGAAAGAAAUUUGAUUACUUGGAACACGCUGAUUGCCGGAUAUGAGAAAUCCAAUUCCCACGAAUCCCUCUACAUAUUCUCGCGGAUGGAGUGCGAAGGUUUUAGUCCAAAUUGCUUCACGCUUUCCAGCGUUAUGGCAGCGUGUGCUAAUUUAGCGGUUUUGAGCUGUGGACAGCAGGUUCAUGGAUCGAUUGUUCAAAGAGGUCUUGAUGGGAACUUGGCUUUGGCUAAUGCCCUUCUAGACAUGUAUGCAAAGUGCGGAAACAUUGUAGACUCGCAUCAAAUUUUUACUGAAAUGUCGCUUAGAGACUUGGUUUCUUGGACUUCUAUGAUGCUAGGAUAUGGUAGCCAUGGAUAUGGAAAAGAGGCUGUUGAAUUGUUCGAUGAAAUGGUCAUGUCAGGUAUUAGGCCUGACCGAAUUGUGUUUAUGGCAGUGCUGAGUGCUUGUAGCCAUGCUGGACUUGUAAACGAAGGCUUGAGUUAUUUCAAGUCAAUGAUUGGUGAUUAUAACAUCACUCCAAAUCAGGAGAUUUAUGGAUGUGUUGUGGAUUUGCUAGGACGUGCGGGGAGAGUUAAGGAGGCUUAUGAACUAAUAGAAGGCAUGCCCUUUAAGCCCGAUGAAUCUGUUUGGGGCGCGUUUCUUGGAGCUUGCAAAGCACACAGGCUUCCUAAUUUGGGCAAAUUGGCAACGAAAAGGGUAUUGGAUUUGGGGCCAAAUGUGACAGGCACUUAUGUGAUGCUGUCGAAUCUUUAUGCAGCAGACGGUAAGUGGGGAGAGUUUGCGAAAAUGAGGAAGUUGAUGAGAGGAAUGGGGAGUAAGAAAGAGGCUGGGAGGAGUUGGGUUGAGGUGAGAAAUCAGGUUUGUAGUUUUGUGGUUGGAGAUAAGAUGGGUGCGCAUAUAGAGUGGGUCUAUGGGGUUCUGGAUAUGCUGAUUCUGCAUAUGAAAGAAGAAGCAGAAUAUGUUCCUCCUGACUUACAUUGCUCGACAUAUGAUGUAGCAGAAAGGACUUGAAGAUGAGAAAUUGCAGGUAAGAAAAGGGAGAAUUAUAAAAAUUCAAACAUGGGUUUUGAUGAAAGAAAAUGCUCAAAGAUCAGGAAGCAUGGGCAAAGAACGGAUCACAUGGCCAGGAACUGCUUCAAGAAGCCAAGGUCCCCAGUUCAAGUUGUCCAAUAGAUAUGGGACGAGGGGUCUGACGUGCCCGGUAACUAGCUGGGAGCUGUAAAGAGGCCCAGAAACAUAGUAAACGAAAGGAAAGAAAAGGGGAUGCUCAAAGAUCAACCAGGACGGCAAAGAUGUCUGUUAUAGAUUUUAACAUAUUCAUUUUCCCCCCCCUUUUCUCUUAUGGUUAUAGAUUUAUCAUCUUCUUAUUCUUCACCAUUUUUUUUCCUUUUCUUUUUUGAGUAAUGACAAAAUGCUUCAUUAGUAAAGAGAGGAAGAUUCUUCAGCAUAAUGGCUUUAUUCCAAAGCUUUAAUUUAUUUA